UAAUUGUGCCUUGGUAAAGCUGCAUUAUAUCUUACAGUUUUGUCUUUGUGAACAGAUGCUUUGUCCCCAGAUAGAUCUUCGGCUAUCGCAUCUCCAAGUCAGCAGCUAAAAUUUCCAAAAACCCUUUCUGUAGAUGAUGACACAAGGGUAUCAUCUGCCUCCAGAAAUGCUGAAUCUGGAGCAUAAGGGUAUGUUCGAGGAAGAUCAUAUAAUAUCAGACUGGAUGACGAAGUUCUACUAAGAUUUUCACCAAAGAACUCUGAGUCAAAUUACUACUUCAGUGAUAUGAUAGGUGGAACCCUUACCUUCUUUCAUGAAGAAGGGCCUAGGAGAUGCCUUGAGUUGACAAUAGCUCUGGAGAUGAUGGAGACUAUAAGUCGGCACUUUGUCCAUCCUUCUCGGAGGCAUUCUCCUAUUAUUACUAAGGUUCAGAGUGAUCACCAUGAGGUUGUUGCAGAUUUAUUACAGACUAGCUUUCUCUUUUCCAUGCCUAUGGAUGCACCAUUGACUUUUUAUACCUGCUAUGUCUCUGUGCAAUGGGCUCUUCGUUUUGAAUUUCUUACGACUCCAAAGAAUGUGGACUGGACAAGUUACCAGAUCAUGAAAUCAUCAAAAGAAUCGAUCACUAAAUCUUGAAAUCAGCUUUUUGGCACGAAGCUUGCCAGGUGUGUAAGCUGGUUACCAGUACAUGAGCUAAAUUUUGCUAAUUGCAGUUAAUUAAAUAUAAAUUCCUGCUUCUAAGAUGUUAAUGUAAACAUUGAAGUAGAAUAAAAAUAGACAAAAUAGAUCACACCAAAAUGAACUCUUACAUAAGGUCCUUGUUAGUAGCCUUUAAGGCCCUCAUUAAAUUUCAUUACAUUUUUCUAUAUUCUAUUUUCAACCACAUAAUCUUCUAUAAAAUAAUAUUACACGUAAAUCGAAAACUUUCCUUCUAUUUCAACCACUCAUUUUUCAACAACACACUAUUCCACCCAUUUCCAUUUCUAGAAAAUGGAGCCCAAAAGGGGGCUAAGUGGGAUAAAGUGCUGUUACAUCUAAUUAACUCAUUGAUGGAAGCACCUUAUUUUUCAUGAUGGGGGAUUUUGUCUUGUAUUCACUCUGGAUUGCAUAAUGCAAUUGCUCCCAUUUGACUCAUGUGCAUUCCUUUCAUUUCAUGGCUCCAUCCAUCUCAAUUAUUGCUUUGCAAGGAGGUAUAGAAUAAAAACCUCACUUGGUUUCACAUCCGCUUCUAGUUUAUUGAAAAUAUGGUUCCACUGCACUUGAACAUUUCAAAAAAUUAUUGGAGAUCUUUUUUAAUUCGUCUUAUUUUU